UUUCCCUCCAAAUCAAAAGGGUUUGGAGGAAAGGGUUUUUUCGGUGGGUUUCUUUCAGAGCAACCCAUUUGUUAGACUACCUUUAGCGUUUAGGCUUUUAGCGAACCUUGGUCUCACGGCAACAAUGGCUGCCUCUUCUUCGUCCGGCAGCACCAGCCAUGGCUACGACAUGCCGUGGGUGGAGAAGUAUCGGCCCAACAAGGUCGCCGAUAUCGUAGGCAACGAGGACGCCGUGUCCAGGCUCCAAGUCAUAGCUCGCGACGGCAACGUGCCCAACCUCAUCUUAUCCGGUCCUCCUGGAACUGGUAAAACCACGAGUAUCCUGGCGCUUGCGCAUGAGCUUCUGGGACCUAAUUAUAAGGAGGCUGUUUUGGAGCUAAAUGCAUCAGAUGACAGGGGAAUUGAUGUUGUGAGGAACAAGAUUAAGAUGUUUGCUCAAAAGAAAGUAACACUGCCCCCUGGGCGCCACAAGAUAGUAAUUUUAGAUGAAGCUGACAGCAUGACAUCUGGAGCACAGCAAGCUUUGAGGAGGACAAUGGAAAUAUUUUCAAACUCCACUCGUUUUGCUCUUGCUUGCAAUACGUCUUCUAAAAUUAUUGAGCCCAUUCAAAGUAGAUGUGCUCUUGUUCGAUUUUCAAGAUUGUCUGAUCAAGAGAUACUUGGUCGUCUGAUGGUGGUGGUCGAAGCUGAAAAGGUUCCUUACGUUCCAGAAGGUCUUGAAGCCAUAAUUUUCACUGCUGAUGGUGACAUGAGGCAGGCAUUGAACAACUUGCAAGCUACAUAUAGCGGGUUCCGUUUUGUCAACCAAGAAAAUGUUUUCAAGGUCUGUGAUCAGCCUCAUCCGUUGCAUGUAAAGAACAUGGUGCGUCAUGUACUGGAAGGGAAAUUUGAUGAUGCUUGUUCUGGUCUCAAGCAGCUCUAUGAUUUGGGCUAUUCUCCUACCGACAUAAUCACGACCCUCUUCCGUAUCAUUAAAAAUUAUGACAUGGCUGAGUAUCUGAAACUGGAGUUCAUGAAGGAAACUGGAUUUGCCCAUAUGAGAAUCUGUGAUGGAGUUGGUUCAUAUCUUCAGCUCUGUGGUCUUUUGGCUAAGCUUUCUGUGGUUCGUGAAACAGCUAAAGCAGCAUAGGUAUUAGUAGUAGUUACAACCUGAACCAGCUACAGUUUGCCCUCUUGUUACAACCU